CUUAACAGACACCAUUGAAGCUGAUCUAGUGCAUACUAAAGGUGCACUUCAGAACUAACAUAACGCAAAAUGUGCCUCGACAGCUCUGGACUGUGUCGUUUUUUAACGAUGAAUAAUCUGACAUGUUUUUUCAUUUGUGUUUAAUGCUGAAAAUGACAGUGUUUCCAUCGCGCAUGGCUAAAUCUCCCCUCGAGAUCUCCGUGGAGUCUUCCUGUCAGCAUCCCACCGUUACUAUGAUAUCUGUGGAGCGAUCGCGCCUGAAGGUGAAACAAGAGGCAUUUGAUUCAUCAUGAGUGCAAGAGUUCAGUGUCGAUGGAGUCUCUGAACGCCGUGGAGCUCCGUGAACUGGGGGAUGGGAGCAGGCGAGAACCUCCUCAGGCCUCCUCAGGACCGCGGCCUGCCACUGGCAUCGAAAAUGCGUCGUUUGAGGACGAGGAUCCGGGAACGAGGAUCCGGGUUACCUCCAGAACAUCUGGAACUGGCUUCACCUCUCUCGAUUAUCAGUCAAAUCCGUUGCCUAUUCAGAGAGAAGUGCCGUCACCACGCUCCGAAGAAGAACCUGAGCUCGAGUAUAACGACCAUUCGGUGGACUACGGGUUCAUUUUCGCACUAAUUUUCCUUGUAAGCGGAAUCAUAUUAGUGGUAAUUGCAUAUACGAUCCCAAGAGAGGCUAAAGUCAACCCGGACCAAGUGACAGCACGCCAGAUGGAGAAACUAGAGAUGUACUACGCACAACUCGGUUCUCACCUCGACAAAUGUAUUAUUGCGGGACUUGGUUUGCUUACUCUGGGAGGAAUGCUCUUAUCAGUUUUAUUAAUGGUGUCUAUAUGCAAAGGGGAACUGUAUCGCCGAAGAACUUUCGCUAGAAGACCCAUGAAAUCUUAUGGAUCCAUUAAUAUGAGGAUGAGGCAGUUAGCUGAAGGUGAUGGAAGGGAGACUCUCGUGGAAUGUGAACCUAACGUCACCACAGAUGUCGUGAACGGUAAUCAAGUUCCUACUGGAACGCUGAACACGUAGCACAACCGAAUCACAUUGACAAAUAGAUUUGCAUUCCCAAAAGGAAAUAGUGCUUGCAAGGCAGCAUAAAUAACAUGUUUAUGUAAUUGAUUAUCAGUAAAUGGCACAUCUCAGAGCCGCGGUUGCUGUUGUCAUGACAUUCAGCGUCCGUCUUUUUUUGUCUGCUGUGUUGCCAGAUCUCAAAAACUUGGUCUCAAAAAAAACAAGCCCAAAUAAAGAAACUAUCCUCACUAAACAUAAGCAAAUAAUAAUAAUAGAAUUAUGAAAAUAAGAUAAUUGCUUACAGGAAUAGUCCACCCAAAAAAAAUUCUGUCAUCAUUUACUCACCCUCAUGUCAUUCCAAACCCGUAAGACUUUCAUUCAUCCUAAGAACACAAAUGAAGAUCUUUUUAAUGAUGUCCCUCCAUUGACAGUCUGCUCAACUACCAUUUUCAAGCCCCAGAAAGGUAGUAAUGACAUCAUUACAGUAAUCCAAGUGACUCCAGUGGUUUAACCUCUAUUUUAUGAAGUGACGUGAAUGCUUUGUUUGUGCAAAAAACAUAAUGUACCACUUUAUUUACAAUAUCUCCAAAUGCGCUUUCACGAGAGCACUACAAUGCAUGCAUGUUAUGUUGACGCGAAAGCAGGUGUUGUUGCGUGAACGUGCAUUGGAGAUUAAUAUUUUAUAAAUAAAGUGGUAAAUUAUGUUUGUUUUGUUUUUUUGCGCAAACAAAGCACUUACGUCGCUUCAUAAAAUUGAGGUUAAAUGACUGGAGUCACGGAUUACUUUAAUGAUGUCUUUACUACCUUUCUGGGGCUUGAAAGUGGUAGUUGCGUAGGCUGUCAAUGGAGGGACAUUUCAGUAAGCUGUACUGUAUCUUUCAACAUACCUUCUGAUGUUCAUUCAUGUUCUUUUGGUGCUGUAACUAGUAACAAAGAGGAGACCAUUCACCAUUGAGAAUAAGCUGAAAAUAAGCUCAAUAAACUGCAACCCAUGACUGCCCACAUUUAUAAGUGACUAAAACAAGCACUGAGUCGCAUAUAAUAGGACAUUGCAACACCCAGCAAUGCACAAGGAUAUUAUAUAUAUGAUUUAAUAGAAAACAAAUACCAUUUAUGAUUCAGUAUGCAAAUUAAUGCAAGAAAAAAACAAAUAACAUAUAUUGCUAUGGCAUCAUCUCUGAAAUUUUCAGUAGUACACACUCCAAAAAUGAAAGUCAAAGGCAGAUUUUCACACUUUAAUCUUAAAUUUCUUUAAAAAGUCUGCUAUUUUCAAUAAAACAAAGUUUGAAAUGAAAGAAACCUGUUAUGGACAUGCCCUCCCCAUUCUCAUUUUACUACAAAAUGAUUCAUUACUGUAAUGUGAAAAAAUAAUUAUGUAUAUAUUUUCAAAUAUAACAUAUUAAUAUAUAUCAUAGUAGUAAUCAUACUGUUUUUUGUUUAGAAAAAAACUGUAAAGGCAAGCGUUAUAGUUCUUAUAAAACAACAUGUAACAUGAUUUACCAUGACUAAUUGGCCUUCCGGGUUGACUGAACAGUUUUUUGUCACAAUGCCAAAAACAGGCUUCGUUUUCCUUGUGCCAAAAUAUACAUUCUUAUUUUUUCCUUUUAAGUCUGGGGUAAAAUGUGACAUGUUUUCAUAUACCUGUUCAUGCUGCCCUGCAAGCACUGUCAACAUUUUAAGUUGUGGUUGUAGGCAAACACGCAAAACACAUAAUGUAACGGUGCAAAAAGAGAUGCUAAGGACUCAAAAGACAAGUGAAUGAAAGCACAACGGUGAAGCUUCAUAAUAACGUAACAUGCUGCAGAACAAACCGCCAUCAGCUACUUUACAAAACUUGAAAUAAAUGUCUGUAUAAUCUAUAACAUCACUAAAGACACUAUGAGUGGAAUAUAUACAAGCUAUUAUUAUCCAAGGAUGCAAUAUGCCUUAAGACUUUACAAAUGUUCACUGUCAACACAAACAUUGGCUUAUUUGUAUUUGUAUACUGUUUGUGUUUUGUAUAUGUGUCACACACUUACUCGUUGUCAUCAACCCACGUUCUUGGAUUAGAGGACAAUGUACUGCAACCAAGGGAAUAGACAUAUGAAUGCUUAAUGUUUUAAACAAGAUAUCUAUUUUACAGUAUCUAUCAUUAUGGUACUUUAGUAGAUUUGUGCUAACAAUUAACAAAAAUGUGAAGUUUUACUGUAAUGGUGCAAUAUGCAUAGAUUCCAAUAGAGAAAUAUAUAUUUCCAUAUCAAUGUUCAGGUCGCAAAGUUGUUGUCUUCUCAAUGACACAACAAAUAUAGGCUACUGUAUGCUUUAAAAUGCCCCUAAUAUGCUUUUUCAGAUAUUACCUUUCGAAAUAUAGCAGUUUGUGAAUGUAAAAGGUCUGCAAAGUUUCAAAUAUCAAAGAGUUAUUGUUUCCUAAAAGAAAGAAUCGAUUCUGAACUGCCUGAAACGAGUCGUCAGUAAUUCCAGUCUCUCUUCCUGCAUGCUGGAAUUGAUUAGGUAAAACCGACGCCAUCUUUACUAUUCAUAUCACUCACUAUGUAUCAAGUGCUGAGGAAGAGCUGAAGUUCAGAUAUGGUAGUGAGCGUUUUGUUUCCGACACGCGCUAUAAGCGGUAGACCAAUCACAACAGACUGGGCCAUCUGACCAAUCAGAGCAGAGUAGGCUCUUGGAAGGGAGGGGUUUAGAGAGACCGAAUCUUCGAACGAACCGUUUCACACACUGACAAAAGAGGUGAUGUGCAAUGCAUACUGAUGAGAAAAUGAAAGUGUUUUUUGACCUUGGAUGCAUGUAAACCUAUUGUAGAAGACUCCAAAACAAAAUUAGGAACCAUUAAAAUAGCACAAUAGGGGCACUUUAAGAUUAUGCUCAUCACCCCUUUUAAAAUAAAGUCAAUGUAAUAGCACAUAAGCAGGUUACAUUUGACAUUCAUUGUGUACUUGAUCCCAGAUGAAGCUGCCUGCACCUUGGUCUGGUUUUUCUGCUGAGGUAACUAUUUUCUAUAAGUACAAUAUUCAGAGAUUGUAAUCAAAACUAAGCAGAAACCUAAUAAGAGCCGAUGUAUUACAUGUCUUAGAUGUAGUAAAGAUUACCCUGGCCUGUUAUGAUAUAUUUCCGGGUGUGAGGCAUCCAAAAUACAUACUCAGUAUAUUACUCUGUGCAGAACAGCUUUGUAAUGGUAUUUAUGGAAGUGAUAACUAAUAUAACACUGUGUCUACACAAGAUGCGACCAUUGUCGCUUGCGUUGCAACAGCUACACUGGACGCGACGCCCGUUGCAAAGCAUUUGUCCUUCGUGUCAGUACGUCAUAAAUAAAACGAGCCAUCAGUUUACUGUUGGAGAUGUGUCUCGCGUCGCGCCGUAUCGAGUGUAGACAACAUCACUGAUUAGAACUGGUUCUAGUGUCUUUUGUCGCAUCGUGCCGCUCGCGUCCGGUGUAGACACGGUGUAAGAGUUUCAAAAGUGCACUUGAUUAACGUCUUAAAACAUGAUUUUAAGGAUCAGAAUGCAAGUGAGUCACUGUAAAAUUAAGGUUAGCUUAAAAAACGAAAACACAAAGUAACAAUUUAACAAGAAUUUGUCACUGUUACACUAAAUCUAAUGGUUAAUGAGAGCACAUUGUAUCCGAGAGAGAUAGAAUAUUGUUACAGACCAUAAUUUAUUUCACAUUCCAGCGUAUUAAAUAUUCUUUACACUAUAUAUUUACUAAAGUCUAAAGAUUGUUCGAACUUUACUAUAUACUGUCCUUUGGUGGUGUAUAAAGUGUGAUGCGUUCACUUGCUGCUUGAUGCAUCACUAACUUAAGUGCUGUUUAAAUGCUGAUUAAAGUGAAAUGGACUUCUUGUAAAGUUUCUUUGACGCCAUCAUGUUUCUCAUCGCAUCCCUAAAUUAUAGUGAAUAUAUCUGUCAUUUAUUAACUGUAAGAUGUUGGUUAUGGUGUGAUGUAAAAUUAUAAGGAGAACGGGACGUGGUGAAAUGCUUUUAUGUCUUCAAUUGUGUAAAAUAUUGUCUUGUAAGCACAGAGGAUCUAGUAUUGAGCACACUAAGCAUUUAUCUUACACCAAAUCUGUGCUCUUGGUCACAUUGCUCAUGCACAAGCCCAUAAAUGAAUGUGAAUGCCGUUAAAAUACCUUAUGAAAUGUUGUAACACUUUUUUAACACGACAACCUGAACGGAGCAAGUCACAUUGACUGUAUUAAGAGUGAAAUACUAGCGUACUUACACUAUUGUUUAAAUGUUUGGCAUCAGUAAGAUUUUUUAAAUUAAGAAAUUAAUACUUUCAUUCAGCAAGGAUGCAUUACAUUGAUCAAAAGUGACAGUAAAGAACAAAAAUAAUUUUCAACUUUCUAUUCAUCAAAGAAUCCUGAAAAUUAUGGUUUCCACAAAUAAUAUUAAGCAGAACAAAUUGAUAAUAAUAAGAAAUGUUUCUUGAGCAGCAAAUCAGCAUAUUAGAAUCAUUUCUGAAGAUCAUGUGACACUGAAGACUGGAGUAAUGAUGCUGAAAAUUCAGCUUUGAUCACAGAAAUAAAUUACAAUUCAAAUAGAAAACAGUUAUUUUAAAUUGUACUAAUAAUUCACAUAUUUACAGUAUUUUGAUCAAAUAAAUGCAGCCUUGAUGAGCAUAAGAGACUUCUUUCAAAAACAUUUUAAAAUCUUAGCAAACCAAAAUUUUUGAACAGUAGUGUACUUAAAAACAGCCUCACCCUAUUGCAUGUUAUAUUCAGCGAGUGGGAUCCAAAAGUCCUGAAUAAAUGUGAUUAUUUAAAUACAACUGUGUACUGCACAUUUCAUCAAACGUAGUAGGUCAUCUGUGUAUUCCAUGCAUACAAAAAUGUGCAAAUAUUGUAGUAUGGUAGUAUGCUAUUCAAAUGAGCACAAUUAUGGGGCUUGUAUAGUUGUUUGGGCUGAUUAGAAGCAGCUGCUCAUCUUUGUUACUAAAUUAUCAUCAUUGUACAAUCUGUGAAGGUUAAUCAUGGAGUCAGGCUAUGAAGAGUUCCUAGAAAUCCUCGGGAAUUACAAACACAAGUGCAGCUUUCUAACACUGCAGAGGCUUAAUGAUGUGCAUAAUACUUGUGUGAGCCAAACAGACUGUUAUAUAUUCAAAUUAAAUGCAGUACCAUGGUACUUUUGGGCCUUUUCACUCUGUUUUUUAAUGUAGAGAGCGGGGGUGUUUGAAUUGCAUGUGUAUAAUGUGAGCUGUGCAUUUUAAGUCUGUAACCACUUCAUGUGUGUUCAAAGCAAAUGUGUCACCUUUUUAUACUGUUUCCAUGCGUGAAAUAAAUCUUUUUUGUUGCGA